AGUCAUACAAAUUGGAAAGAUGUGGUAUUUGAUACUAAGUCGUAUUUAGAACGUUUCGAUAAAAAUGAUUUGGUGUAUUUGACUGCUGAUGCUACCGAUGUGAUAGAUGAAUUAAAUGAAAAUAAAGUUUACGUAAUUGGUGGAAUAAAUCUCUGUUAUGAUAAGGCAAAAGAAGAAAAUAUUGCAACUGCUCAAUUACCCAUCGAAAAUUGUAUUAAAUUGACCACAAGAAAGGUGCUCGCGAUUAAUCAUGAUUGGCAAAAAGCUUUUCUGGAAGUGAUACCUCAAAGGAAAUUCAAUGAUGAAGGAAAGAAAAAAAGGAGGAUAAAAAAUGCCGGUACUAUUGACUUAAAAG